UCUCGAUGACACGGAUAAUCCUGAAGGCCUGACUCACUCAACCACCAUCUUGUUACAAGAGGAAACCAAAGAGCGUCGGCGGGGGACAAGAGGCGACUUAAAAAGAACAACGAGGCGGAAGGGAGUCAAGAGGUUGCUAAUCCAGACCUAAGUUACUCUUCCAGGAACAACUGAGAUUGACACUGGAGAUAAGUGGACCUUGAUGGAUCGGAAAUUAAGUGAGCUUACAGAAUUUUAAUUAGAACGAAUGAGACACAGCCAUCCUUAAAGAUUUGAGAGGGCAUCCAGAUUUCUUUUGCAUGAAGAUUUUGACCAAUAACAAAGAGGGUAAUGAAGCGAUUUGUGAUGGAACUGCUGCUAAUUGGGAUUCGUUCGCCCAGUGCACAUCAUGUGUGCCCUCCAUGCUGCUAUUUCAGGGUUUCUCAUAACAGCAGAAGGAAUGUAAAAGGUAUUUUGAACAGGAGGUACAGCUCUCUCCCAGGUGAGAUUAAGUCUUUGCGUACCAUUAUCAAUCCAGACAUCUCUAAAAUACGGAACAUUGGGAUCAUGGCUCAUAUUGAUGCAGGAAAAACCACAACCACAGAGAGGAUGCUUUACUAUGCAGGGUACACGAGGGCACUUGGAGAUGUUGAUGAUGGAGACACAGUGACUGAUUUUAUGGCGCAAGAACGUGAACGUGGGAUUACCAUCCAGUCUGCUGCUGUCACUUUCGACUGGAAAACCCAUCGGGUCAAUUUAAUAGAUACACCAGGUCACGUGGAUUUCACGGUUGAAGUUGAACGCUCUUUACGUGUACUUGAUGGAGCAGUGGCAGUGUUUGAUGCUUCAGCUGGUGUGGAGGCACAAACCCUGACUGUGUGGCGACAGGCAGAUAAACAUCACAUUCCUCGUAUAUGCUUCUUAAACAAGAUGGAUAAAUCCAGAGCCAGUUUUUCUUACUCCAUUGAAAGCAUUAAACAGAAGCUGAAAGUGAAGCCACUUCUGCUGCAGCUGCCAAUUGGAACUGGGAAGACCUUUAAUGGCGUAGUUGACCUUGUCACAAAUGAAAAAGUUCUUUGGUGCCCAAAGCCCGUUGAUGAUGAUGAUGGCACAGUCUUCAGCCGAGAUCCUUUAAUACCAACUGACGGGCAUGAACUUUUAAAAGAAGCCAGAGAUGCGAGAUAUGCCCUCAUAGAACAAGUAGCGGAUUUGGAUGAUGAAUUUGCUGAAUUGGUUCUGGAAGUGUUAAGUGAGAAUCUGGAUGCAGUUCCUGCUGAAAAAAAAGCAGUUAAGAGUCAACCUGGAGUCACAUGUAGGCCAGACCAGUUAAAUGCAGCAGUCCGCCGAGUCACAUUAGCACAAACAGCAGUGCCAGUUUUGUGUGGAAGUGCUUUGAAGAAUAAGGGUGUGCAGCUGUUAAUGGAUGCCAUCACAAAGUAUCUACCAGCCCCUAAUGAAUACCAGCAUGACUUUAUGCAUUGUUAUGGGGAUGACCUGUGUGCCCUCGCCUUUAAAGUCAUUCAUGAUAAACAGCGUGGACCUUUGGUGUUUGUCCGCAUCUACUCUGGCACAAUGAAACCUCAGUCAGCUCUUUACAACAUCAAUAAAAACUGCACGGAACGAAUGAGUCGCCUUUUAUUGCCAUUUGCUGACCAGCAAAUCGAGAUCCCUGCACUACAGGCUGGAAAUAUUGCACUCACUGUGGGACUUAAAAAGACAGCAACUGGUGACACAAUAGUUUCAUCAAAGUCAUCAGCAGCAGCUGCAGCCUGCCGAGCAGGGAAGGAAUCUGGGAAAAAACACAAAGAGCAGGAAAAUCCAGUGUUGGCUACAGUUGAGAUUCCAGAGCCAGUCUUCUUUUGCACAAUUGAGCCACCAUCUAUGGCGAAACAACCAGAUCUGGACUAUGCUCUUACCUGCCUCCAGCGGGAAGAUCCCAGUUUAAAGGUGAAGAUUGACCCGGAUUCUGGUCAGACUAUCUUAUGUGGAAUGGGUGAGUUGCACAUUGAGGUAAUCCACGAUCGAAUCAAGAGAGAGUAUGGAAUUGAGGCAUAUCUCGGACCCCUCCAAGUGGCCUACAGAGAAACUAUAAUGCAGUCUGCUAGUUCAAGUGAUACACUGGACAGAACAGUAGGGGAGAAACGUAACCUGGUAACGGCUGAGCUUUCUGUCCAUCCAUGGCUUGGAGAAGGGACAAUGUCAACGCCUCUCAUUGAGAUUUCAGAUCAGCUAAUUGAGCAACUUUCUAAAGAAACACUGCAUGCUGUAGAAAAUGGAAUCAGAAACUCGUGUCUGCAAGGCCCGCUGUUGAGAUUCCCCGUUCAGGAUGUGGUGGUUGCACUGGAGUCUCUAAGUGUACAUCCUGGAACAUCCAUGGCAAUGAUUUCAGCAUGUGUGUCACGUGGCGUGCAGAAGGCAUUGAAACAAGCUCGAAGCCAGGUGCUGGAACCUGUGAUGAGCCUGGAAAUCACAGUGGAUGAGGAUUACCUCAGUGUGGUGCUGGCAGAUUUGGCUCAGCGAAGAGGAAGGAUCCGAGAAAUUCAAAACCGGCAGGACAGCCGAGUCGCACUGGCUUCUGCUCCACUCGCAGAAAUGAUGGGUUACUCAACUGCACUUCGCACUUUGACUUCAGGCAAUGCUACUUUCACUCUGGAGUUGUCCAGUUACGAGGCAAUGACUCCGCAAGAUCAAAAUAUGCUUUUCAAUAAGGUGGCAGGUGUGGUGUAAAGUCCCAUACAACUUGUGAAGUUGACCACAUGGCUGGUGGAAGUUUGAGACCGAAAUCUAAGGGUGAGAUUUUUCCUUGAAACAGAAAAUAAUCCACCUGCAGUAUGACGAUAAUGUGUAAAUUCCAGGUGUGAAUCAAGGUAUUCAUGGGAUGUUCCCCAGAUCCUGUGGAAACAGAAAGGACUCCUCCUCCUUGGGACAUCCUUUCUGACCAGAGCAGUCAGCACAUAGUCCAAAAUCUACAAAGUCCCAAUAUAUGCUCAAGAAAAUCAUUGGUAUGAAGAAUGUCUGUAAAAUGACCUCUCUGGUUUGUAGGAUUGCAAACUCAGAGUAAAGUAUUCUGGGAGUUUUUUUCCCCCUGAAUGUGAUGACAUCAUUGAUCGACAUUUGACCUGUCUUUUCCAGACCUGUGCACAAUAAAGCCAUUUUUUAUUUGA